UUUUCCUGUAUAGUCAUAUCGAAAAUUAUGUCAUUGAUAAUUGAUAAUUAUUUUAUAUUUAAAGGAAUUAUUCGAAAAUAUCUUCAGACGGCAAAAUGGCAACUGUGACUGUAAUUUGGUUGACGGGUCUUCUCCUGGGUUCAGUUUUCAGUCAACCGCUUCCCGAUCCGCAAUAUUUAUACCCUGAAUCAUAUAACAACUUAGAUCCAUGUCAAAUGCCAUGUCCGCCGCCGCCAUGCCCACCGCCACCAUGCCCGCCACCACCAUGCCCACCAUCACCAUGCCCACCACCACCAUGUCCACCACCACCAUGUCCUGAUCCUUGUCAGAACUGUCUCCUUCCGUGCCCUAAUCCUAACCCGCCUUGUCCUGAAUCUAUUCCACCAUGCGACAAUGCAGCCGAAAAUACCCCAUGUAAUUCAGACUGUGAUCCAUCAAUGUCUGGUUAUGAUCAACUCCAAAAUGUAAUUCAGCUCAGACUUUGUAACCCUAAUGACCCGGCGGUGAAUUAUAUCUACGGACAAGCGCCUCAGGGAUCGGUUAUAAUAAAACCUGGUCUAAUACGUUUUCCACCUCCUAAACCUAUUAUUGUGAAGCCGGGAUCCAUCAAGCCUCCCGCACUACCCCUUAUAUGGGUCAAACCAGCUGCUAUACGACCUCCGGCUCUCGCUCCGAUAAGGGUUCAACCGCCGCCGGUACAACCGCCAACUCCUCCUUCGAUAAUGGUUCGGCCACAGCCCGUGUGCCCCCCAAAACCAGAACCAAUUAUUGUCAGGCCACCCCCUGUUACUCCACCCAAAAUACCAAGGAUUAAGAUUACCCCACAGAGGAUUCAGCCACCACCACCAGAAAUGCUUAUCGUUCAACCCCCGAAAAUAGUUGUUAGCCAACCCCCAACAAUCUGUUUUAAGCCUUUGCCUCCUUGCUUUAAAACUUAUGGAUGCGCAAGUGUAUCAAUCUACAAACCCAAUUAUCCCGAACCCUGUCCGUCACCGUGUCCACCACCAACCCCUUGUGGGUGUUCGAACCAGUAAAAUGUUUGACUCUUUUAUGCAUCUAAACGAAGAACCAAUAAUAAUUGCAUAUGGCUCAUAUUAUGUUAAUAUGCAUUGUGUAUAGUAUUUUAAUUCCUUCGACAGCAUUUGCAAAUUUGUGUGAGCGAACGAAAUAUAUAAGUUAUCAAGUA